AUGGUGCGGGCCGGCCCUGUGUCCGGGUCCGGAGAGGCCCCCAACGGUCCGCUGUUCAGGACCAUGGCCCAGUCCUACGGCCUCAACCGCGACGACCUCCUGUUCGACUGGCUCGACAGCGAUACCACCUCCGCGGCCUUCCAGUCCUACGUCUCCGAGGACCGAGUCUACUUCACCACCCACGGCCCCCUCGACUCGGGCCUCACCGGCACCGACGCCGGCGCGCUCACCCAGGUCCCCCUCGCCGGCGGCGCGCUGGUCGUGGCCUACCGCCUGACUGGCUCCUCCCCGACGCCGCUCGGUGACCAGGCCCAGCUCGUGCUGGACGGCCCCACGCUGGCCCGGGUCUGGUCCGGCGCCGUGGUGCGCUGGAACGACUCGGCCAUCGCCGAGCUCAACCCCUAUCUGGUGGCCAACGGCCUCCUGCCCGACGCCGACAUCACCCUGUACUACAGCGACGACGUCCGGGGCAGCCUCAGCGACCUGUUUCUGGGCUACGUCUGCUCCCACGAAACAAGCCCAGCGGCGUGCCAGGCCGGCGGAUUCGCAGGGCUGGUGCCCAGCGGCCGCAGCUUUGCGUCGACACAGCGCGCAGCAGAUGUGAAGGCCACGCCCAACAGCCUCACCUUUCUGGGCCUGGCGGAGGCCACCGCCGCCCAGCUGAGCGUCGCCGCAAUGCGGGCCAACGGCACCACCAAGGUCCAGCCCACCGCCACCUCCAUCACCUCCGCCAUGACCGACGCCACGGCCCAAUUCAACAGCCUCGCCGCCGCCGCCAACACCACCAACGCCGCCGCUGCCGCCACCACCGCAGUUCUGGGCCUGCUGCCGGCCAAGGCCGUGACUUCGUGGCCCAUGACCUACCUGGUCUACGGCACCUUCUUCGCGGCGUCGAACAGCAGUUCGCAGUGCCUGUACCUCAACGAGUACCUGCUGUGGCUCAGCUGGAUGCUGCUCAAUGACAACGCGGCCACGUCGGCCGCCGGCACCCACCACCCGAUCGUGCCCUACGACUGGAAGCGCACCGUACUGGACAGCUUGUCGACGGUCACCUGCCUGGGCCGGCAGGUGUCGAGCACGGCCUACCUGGUGGGCAUGGGCUCGUCCAACCCGCUGCCCACGCUGGGCCGCUACUACCCGGCCUCGCGGUUCGUGCUCAAGUACUUCAUCGGCAACACGGACGCCAGCGUGAAGAGCCUGGCCGAGGGCACGAUCGACUUUGGCCAGACCAGCGCGCCGAUCUCGGCCGAGCGCAUGCAGCAGGCGCCGGACAUCAUGACGGUGCCGGCCAUGUGCUGGGGCAUCGUGCCGGCCUACAACCUGCCCGAGCUGGUGGGCCUGCCCUUCGCCGGCCUCCGCAUGAACUGGAGCCUCAUCUCCGACAUCUAUCUGUCGCACGUGACGAUGUGGAACGACGCGCAGAUCGCAGAGCUGAACCCGGAGGUGGCGGGCCUGCUGCCCAACCGCACCAUCAAGAUCGUGUACCAAAUCAACCGGUCGACCGUGUCGCUGGUCUUCAACCGAGCCAUCAGCGCGGUGGUGCCCGAGUACGCAUCGGUGAUCGGCCCGGUCAACCACUUUGACAACUCGUCGGCGGCCCAGAGCGACCGCGGCAUCGGCGUCCAGGGCUUCGGCUUCCCGCAGGCCAUCGAGGCCAACACCGACAGCUUCGGCCUAUGCACUUCGAUGGAAGUCAAGGGCAAAAUAAGCGGAAUCUACAUGACAAACCCGGCCGGCAACUGGGUGACCGCGUCGGCCGCGUCGGUGCUGUCGGCCAUCGAGGACUACAAGGCCGAGCUGGACCUCAUCACCUUCCUCCACGGCCCCGGCCCGCAGUCGUUCCCCAUCACCCUGCUCACGGCCGUCACGGUGCGAUCGCGGUCCAUGACCGACUGCGCCAAGGCCGCGGUGCUGGUCGACUGGCUCUACUGGAUGCAGACCAGCGCCGUCGGGCGCGACAUCCUCGAUUCGUCGAAUUAUGUGCCGGCCUAUCCGUUCGAGGGAUUCCUUAACGUGCUUCGGCUGAAGCUGAUCAACGUCACGUGCCAGGGCGUGGCGGUGAGCUCACUGGUCGGCUGCGUCGACGAGACCGACGGCCGGCUGUGUUCGGACCACGGGACCUGCGCCACCGGCGGCCGCUGCCUGUGCCGCGAGGGCUGGGCCGGCCGCUUGUGCGAGCUCGAGGCCGCGUCGUUGUCUGGCGACGGCUCGGACUCCCAGACGACGCUGGCCAUCGCGCUGGGCGUGGCCCUUCCUGUCGUCGGGCUGCUGCUGUGCGUCGCCCUGCUGGCCAUCAUCGUCGGCGUGUGGGUCGGGUCGCGCCGCGGGGGCGACCGGUACCGGAAGGACUACUACAUCGACAUGGCCGAGCUGGAGAUCGGGCCGCAGCUGGGCCAGGGCGGCUUCGGCGAGGUCUACAAGGCCACCUGGAAGGGCACCGAGGUGGCUGUCAAGCUCAUGCCCGAGGGCGCAGCGGCCAGCAGGGAGGCCCGCGAGAACUUUGUCCAGGAGGUGGCGAUCAUGAGUACGUUGCGGCAUCCCAACGUGGUGCUGUUCAUGGCGGCCUGCACCAAGCCGCCAAAGCUCUGCAUCGUCAUGGAGUACAUGGCCCUGGGUUCACUCUACGAUUUGCUACACAACGAGCUGGUGCCCGAGAUACCCCUGUCUCUGAAGCUGCGCAUGGUCCACCAGGCGGCAAAGGGCAUGCACUUCCUCCACGCCUCCGACAUCGUCCACCGCGACUUCAAGUCCCUCAACCUCCUGCUCGACAACAAGUGGAACGUCAAGGUGGCGGACUUUGGGUUGACCAAGUUCCGAGACUCGGUCAAGCACAAGCAGGGCGACGACGGCAAUGGCGGCGGGGCGAUGGUGGGCAGCGUGCCCUGGAUGGCGCCCGAGGUCCUGCAGGAGGAGAACAACUGCGACUUCCGAUUGGCCGACAUUUAUUCGUUCGGCAUCGUGCUCUGGGAGGUCCUGACCCGCGACCAGCCCUACGCCGGCAUGGCCCCGCCCCAGGUGGCGGUCUUGGUCAUCACCCAGGAUCUCCGGCCGCGGUUGCCGCGCGACGACCAGUUCCUGGGCGACGGCGAGCGCGCAUUGGCCCGGCUCACGACCAAGUGCUGGCAGCGCGACGCUCCCAUGCGACCAGAUUUCAUCGAGAUCAUGCAGGUCCUGGUCGACAUAGGCAACGCCCACGGCGGCGUCAGCAGCGGCCUCUUCGGGACCGGCACGAGCAGCAGCGGCUCCAGCUCGCACCACCACUCGUCGGCCCUGCUCAACACCGGCACCACGACACUGGGCGUUCGGUCGACUGGCAGCGCAUCGUCGUCGCAUGGGAACCGGAGCGGACACAGCUCGGCAUCCAGCUCGAGCGGCCAUAGCGGCAUUGGCGGCGCUGCGGCUCCGUCGGCGCCCAAACUGCUGCGAUUGGCGGCGCCCAGGCGCGACGUCAGCUUCGUCGUGUGCGAUCUGGCCGAGUUCGACCGCGUGUGGCAGGCCAGCCCGACCGAGGCCGAGCGGGCCAUCGAGCUCUACGGCGCCCUGGUGCGCCAGCGCGGCCAGGCCGAGCUCGGCGCCCACCUAUUCUCCCUGCCGGCCCUCCACUCGGGCGGCACCUUCAUGCUGGCCUUCGGCGACCCCGCCAACGCCGCCCGCUUCGCACUGGCCCUGCGGCGCGACCUGCUCGCCCGCGAUAACCCGCGCCUGACCGGCUGCUGGCGGGUCAGCAUCGACCAUCGGCCGGACUCGUGCCCGGCGCCCGCCGACGACCACACCCGCACCGGCUACGAGCCGCGCGACUUCGCCGACGCGUGCCGGCUCAACACGCGGUGCCCGCUGGGCGGCAUCGUGUGCUCGGCCGCGUUCGGGCGGCGGCUGCAGGCGGCCAUGGGCGGCACCCGGGACGGGCUCGAGGCCCUCGUGCGCCUGGUCGAGCGCCAGGCCGACGGCGGCGCUUCGUCGCGCGUGUUCGACGCCAGCGACCACGACCUCGACGAACAGCUCAACCGGGCCAGCGAGGAGGAAGGCGAAGCUCGAGGCGACGAGCCUGAUGGCGAUGACGACGAUGAAUUCGGCCAGCGCCGGAACACCAGCCACGCGGCGGUGGAGGCGUCGGGCCUGUGUUCGUCGAACGCGUGCCACUGGAUCAUCAACACGGAGCGCAUCAAGCUGGGCGAGGUGCUGGGCGAGGGCAACUACGGCAAGGUGACCGAGGGCCAGUACUUUGGCACGCGGGUGGCGGUCAAGCGCCUCUUCAACUCGCGCCUGGACGACGCCGGCAUGCGGCGCAUGAGGCGCGAGGCCGCCAUUCUGUCCAACCUGGACCACCCGCGCGUCGUCAAGCUCAUCGGCCUGGCCCUGGCCGACGACGCCGGCCACCACCACCUGCAACUGGUCAUGGAGCUGGUGCCGCGGGGCAGCCUGCGCGGGGUCCUGUCCAACGCGUCGAUCUCCGACCGCAGCCUGCCCUGGGCCAAGCGGCUGUCCAUGCUACGCGACGCGGCGCUGGGCCUGGAAUUUCUCCAUGGCAACGGCGUGUUGCAUAGGGACAUCAAGUCCUCCAAUCUCCUGGUCGACGACGACUGGAGCGUCAAGGUGGGCGACUUUGGCUUCGCCACGGCCAAGCAGGACAACGCGACCAUGACCCGCUGCGGCACCCCGUGCUGGACCGCGCCCGAGAUUUUGUGCCCGCCGCUGCCCACCACCGCCUCUUCAUCAUCAUCGCCGGCCGACCCGCCCAAGGCCAACUACACCGAAGCCGCCGACGUCUACAGUUUCGGGAUAGUGAUGUGGGAGGUGCUGACGCGGAAGGUGCCGUACGCGGAGGGGAACAUGAUGACGGUGGUGCACGACGUGCUGGCCGGCAAGCGCCCGCGGGUGCCGUCGGACUGCCCGCAGGCCUUCGCGGGCCUCAUGGAGCGCUGCUGGCACCGCAAGCCCGGCAAGCGCCCGACCAUGAACGAAGUCCUCCUCCACCUCAACUCCCAACUCGACUCGCUGCCUCUGUGA